AAUUUUGUACAUUAUUAUUGAAUUCGAUAUAAUGUCAAUCAUUUGGAUCUGCAAAUUUAGUUUAGUUAUUUAUGAGAUGCUGUGACAGCCCUGUGCUUAACCUCGCUGCACUUGAAGAAUUAUCUGCUCGCAACUGGAGCUCGCAAUGAAAUGUAAAAGCAUCAAUUAAAAUAUUUUGCUUACUUGUAAUUUAAAAACGCAUCAUUUUGUAACGCAAUCGAAUCAAAAAUACAACAAUAGUUGAAGAAUGGGCAACUCGGCGUAUUCCAAAGUCCACAUGGAGGCUGCUAAAGCUAUGCCAGCUGACCAUGCCAAAUAUAUGACAAAUGCUGGAGCAGCAGCACCACCACCAGAAUGUCCCAUGCACCAGAAGCAGGGCGAUAAUCAGUCGUCCGCAUCUGCUGUGCCCCCACAUCCAAAGAUGCAGGCCUCCGAGUGCCCUGUGAAGCAUGACAGCGCCGAUGUCAAUCCAUUGAAUAUGAUGCCGCCGGCUAAUCAGAACCCGGCGCCGGAUCAACCGUUUCCACUGCCCACAGAUCGUCAGACAUCGUCCAUACCCAAGGUGACCGAGGAUGGCAGCGCUCAGUUCUGGCAAUAUCCCAGUCAACAAAUGUUCUGGAACGCCAUGUUGCGUAAGGGCUGGCGCUGGAAGAAUGAGGACAUCUCCCAGAAGGAUAUGGGCGACAUAAUCCGCAUUCACAAUGCCAACAAUGAACAGGCCUGGCAGGAGGUCCUCAAAUGGGAGGCGCUCCACGCCAAGGAGUGCGGCAAUCCACGUCUCAAGAGCUUUGGCGGCAAGGCCAAGGAUUUCAGUCCGCGAGCCCGUUUUCGCAGCUGGCUGGGCUAUGAGCUGCCCUUCGACAGACACGACUGGAUUGUGGAUCGCUGUGGCAAGGAUGUGCGCUAUGUGAUUGACUACUACGACGGCGGCGUUAUUGACAAGGAUUACCGAUUUGCGUUGCUGGAUGUGCGUCCAGCUAUGGAUUCUGUGGACAAUGUUUGGGAUCGUAUGCGAGUCGCGUAUAUGCGCUGGAGAUUCGAAAUAACAGAGAAGCUGGGCGUCAACAGCAAAGUGACUGCUGGCAGCGAAUAGCACUUCUAUCGGCCAUUGUACAAAAUCUGUUUUAAGUUAUUAUCGAAAGCGACAAAACAAAGAUAUACAGUUUGAGUUGCAUUGUUGCCAUUAAAGUGCUGCAAUUAACACAUUA